AUGAUUUCUAAGAAACUGUAUAAUCAACUUUUCGAUCCAAAAUUAAACCAGCCAAUUUCUUCGGAUGUUAUAUCCAAAUGUUUACAAGAAUUUGAAAAACAUGGAAUAGACAUCAAAACAGCAAAACCUGUGCCAGAUGUAGAUUUAAAAAUUCCUAAAUUUUGUGGAGCAUCUUUAGAGGAACAUUUUCAUAAUAUUGGACUACAGCAAGCUAAACCGUACUUAGAUUUAAUAAGCGAAUUUUUAUUUGAUAUACCAGUGAAACCUAAACAAUGGUUAAUGCAAUCUGGUUGGACGAGAUACAAAAGUGGACAAAAACCAGAGAAAGUUGAUUUUCCUUUAGAAGAUUGUAUGGUCUUUGAUGUGGAAGUUUGUUCAACAGUAAGCUCAAAUCCUGUUUUAGCUACAGCAGUUACCAAUCAAGCUUGGUAUGCUUGGAUUAGUGAGGAUUUAGUUAAUAAAAAUUCUACUCCCAAGAGCGAAUUACAAAGUCUUAUACCAUUAGAAAGUACAAAUUCGCAAAUAGGUAACUUUUUAGAUCCUGUAUUCAAGAAACCACGGGUUGUCGUUGGGCAUAAUGUAUCGUAUGAUCGAGCUCGAGUCAAAGAACAAUAUUGGAUCGAACGAACUGGAACAAGAUUUGUGGAUACAAUGUCGUUACAUAUUUGCGUAAGUGGUAUUACCAGUUAUCAACGAGCUGUUUUAAAAUCUGGUAAAUUUGAUGAAUCGGAUGAAAAAUGGCUAAAUAGUGGUUCGUUAAAUAGUUUAGUUGAUGUAUAUAAAUUGUACUGUAAUGAAGAACUAAGCAAAGAAACAAGAGAUAUAUUUAUAAAAGGGAAUUUAGAUGACGUCCGAGAAAAUUUCGAUUCACUAAUCGCAUAUUGUACAAAUGAUGUUGAAGCAACUUAUAAAGUUCUUCAGAAAAUCUUUCCGUUAUUUUUAGAACGAUUUCCGCAUCCUGUUACAUUUGCUGGUAUGUUAGAAUUAGGUACCGCUUAUUUACCAGUUACUAAUAAUUGGAAAAAAUAUAUAAAAACAGCGGAAGAAACUUUUAAUAAUCUAGAAUCGAAAACAAAAUCAUUGUUGACACAAAAAGCUAACGAAGCAUAUCAAUUAGCGAAAGAUAAUAAAUAUAAACAAGAUUUAUGGAUGUGGGAUCAAGAUUGGAGUCCUAAAAUACUCAAACGGCAGAGUAAAUUACCAGAAGAACAGAAAUUUGCAGAGUAUCCAGCUUGGUAUCGAAAAUUAUGUGAGAAACCAAAAAUAAUCCCUGAAGGUUGGAUACCCACACCUAAUUUGAUAAGUACUUCAAUGCGAAUAACACCCAAAUUAUUAAAGUUAACAUGGGAAGGUUAUCCCUUGCAUUAUAUUCAAGGGCAUGGGUGGGGAUUUUUAGUUCCCUUUACUACUGAUUUGGAUCAAGCUGAGAAAAUUCCAUUAAAAGAGCUAAUACAAAAGUGCCCUGUUGUAUACUCUGAUCGAGAAAAUACAGUUUCUCCAAAUAUGAGUCAUUUGUGGAAAGAUGUUCAAGAAAAUCUUGCACGGAAAGAGUACUACACUAAAAAGAAAAUUGAAAAACAAAAUGUCUAUAAAGGCACUGGCGUUUGGUGUAAUGUCAUUGUAGAUAAUUGUUGCUAUUUUAUGAAAUUGCCGCAUAAAGAUGGUGAAUCGAAUCGGGUUGGAAAUCCUUUGUCAAAAGACUUUAUAACCAAAUUUUCAGAAAAUGUACUAGCAAGUGAAGAUGGAACUGCAGAUAAAAUUUUAGAAAUUGGUCGACUAUUGACGUACUGGAGAAAUAAUCGCGAUCGAAUUUUAAAUCAAAUUGUUAUUUGGUUAAAUCACAAUGAAAUUUUCAAAAAUAUUCGAAUUAAUCCAGGAUUCGAAUAUGGCGCUAUAAUUCCUCAGAUUGUAGUUUGCGGGACUUUAACUAGAAGAGCUGUAGAAGCUACUUGGAUGACCGCAUCGAAUUCAAAUGUAGAUCGGGUUGGUUCAGAAUUACGGGGAUUUGUGCAAGCUCCACCUGGUUAUAAUAUUGUCGGCGCUGAUGUCGAUUCUCAAGAAUUGUGGAUCGCUUCAGUUAUUGGAGAUGCUGAUGUAUGCCAAACAAAUGGUGCUACACCACUGGGCUGGAUGACACUUAGUGGGAAUAAAGCUAGUGGAACAGAUAUGCAUACAGUAACAGCACGAGCUGUUGGAAUAUCUCGCGACCAAGCGAAAGUUAUUAAUUACGCUAGAAUUUAUGGAGCUGGACAAAAUUUUGCUGAAAGAUUAUUAAAGCAGUAUAAUCCAACAAUGACAUCAAACGAGGCAAGAUCUAAAGCAAUGAAAAUGUUUUCUAUGACUAAAGGGAAAAGAUUUUGUAGAAUAAGAAAUGAAUAUUUUGAGGAUUUCGUUGAUAAACCGUACUCAAUUUGGGAUGCACAAAAAUUAGCAAAGGCCCAUGGGAAGAUAUUGGGAGAGAUGUUUUAUCAUCCUAAAUGGGUUGGUGGAACUGAAUCGGCAAUGUUCAAUCGUUUAGAAGAAAUUGCAACUCAAUCGUCACCAAGAACACCAUUUUUGGAUUCAGCCUUGAGUAGAGCAUUAGAGCCAGGCAACAUGCCUGACGAUCGAUUUCUACCAACGAGAGUUAAUUGGGUUGUACAAAGUGGAGCCGUUGAUUUUUUACAUCUUAUGUUGGUAUCAAUGCGUUGGUUAAUGAAAGAACAAGCAAGAUUUGUUUUAAGUUUUCAUGAUGAAAUUCGAUAUAUGGUUCCAGAGAAGUAUAAAUAUGACGCAGCUUUAGCAAUGCAUAUUACAAAUUUAUUGACGCGAGCCUUUUGUGUUAAAAAAUUAGGAUUAAACGAUUUGCCAAUGUCUGUUGCGUUCUUUUCAUCAGUUGAAGUAGAUACUGUCCUACGGAAAGAGUGUAAACAAGAUUGUAUAACGCCGUCAAAUCCUGAAGGAUUAGAAAAAGGAUAUGGUAUACAGAAAGGCGAAUCAUUAGAUAUUUACGAAACUUUGAAAAAAUGUAAUGGGCUUUAUGAAGAAUCAUCUUAA